AACAUUGAAACCAAUCUGAAAUAUAUACUUUCAUAAUAUAUCUUUACAGAAUUUAUCAUAAGACAAGUUUAGAAAAUGGAAGUGUUUCUGUUUUAACUUUUAAAAUUACAUUUCAAAAUUUCGAUAUGUUAAAAUCUGAUUGAAAACUAAAAACUUACAAGAUGCAAACUAGAACUUCAAUUUUUGGAAAAGAAAAGUUCUAAGAGUUGUGAUCUUACAAAAAAAUUAUCUGUAUUUGAAUUAUUUACACAUAUAUAAAAUUAGGUUAUGUAGAACAGAAAUCAAUGCAUAUCAUUUUAUCAUUCAAAUGUUUUCUUAAGUACAACAAGUUGUAUCUUAUAUAUGUAUAUAUAUAUAUAUAUAUAUAUAUAUUUCUGAAUCAAUAAAUUAUCUAUUUAUUUUAAUUGAUGUAAAAAAUCAUGAUUGUAUUUUCAGAAUAUAAAUAUCAUUCACGUAUUCUGAGAAUUUAUUUGAAUUUCUAUGAGUUAAAUUCAUCAAAAAAAUUAAUUUAACAUAAAACAUGAUAUCUAUUUUACAUAAUUAGAUUCUUAUAUGAAAUCUAUAUUUGAUGUAUGACGUAGGUUUAAAUUCAAUUUCCAACCAUCAAAAGCUUAAAGUGGAAAACAUGGUCCAUGUUGCACCACCCGGGGGAUGGACCCAUGACCCAAUCCAUCCGGAUAGAUGGGCUGAUCAAAUGCUCAAGGCAUGGAAAGUGGCUACAUAUCACAAAGAAGUUGGUGUGGCAAAAAGAGACUUGUCUCUUGUAGAAAUCGACCAGGCAAAACCAGGUGAAUUAGUGAAUACUCCUAGAUCACUACAGGCAUGUAUACUCUUGGGAGUUGAUCCAAGUGAAAUUCAAUAUCGGCCUUUUGAGUACUUUACUGAAAGAGGUUUAUCGAGAGAAUUUCAAGGAAUCAAAUACGAGUUCUAUGAAAAAGCAAGAAAAGAAAAAAUAUUGCAGCUGUUGAAAGAGAGAGAACGAAUUAUAAGUGAAUGUGAUACGGGAAAAAUAUUUAUCAAAGAUGGGAAAAUUGUGGAAAAGGGCCCCAAAGGAGAAUUUCCAAAGCCUAGUGAAUCUGCUACAAAGGCUUUAAAAGCUGCAGAAGUAGCUCAAAGACGGGUUGAGAAAGAAAGACAAAAGAAGAUGGAACUUGAUGCUAUUGCUAAAAGAAUGCAAGAAGAUGCUGCACGUGUGGCUGCAUUAUUAUCAAAAAAAGAAUAUGAGCAGAGAGCAGAGAAGAGAAGGAAGGAGAAAGAAUUUGCUGCUCAGCAAGCAGCCAUUGCAGCUAAAAAGCUCGCUGAAGAGCUUGCAACAGAGAAAGCAGCUAUUGCGUUGGCCAAGGAAAAUUAUGCUCACGAAUUGAAGCUUCAGCAAGAAAGAGCCAUUGCCGCUGAAAAUGCCAGAAAAAUGGCUAUGGCAGCUGCAAAGGAGAGAGCAGAGAAACAGCUUGCCUUCCAAAAAGAAUUGGAGAAAAUGCGAGAGAAAAUGCUUCAAGAAGCAAUACAAAAACGAAAGAAGUUGGAAGCCAAAGAUCGCAAACUACUUCAAAUCCGAGCCCUCAAGGAAGAAAAAAUCAAGAAGAUGAAUGCCAUUGCUCAUGCGGAGGCCAAGAAACGCCAAACGGCAGCAUUGCAAGCAUAUUACAACAUGCUUCAAAAGAAGAGAGAUGAUUUCAAUGCCAAAAAUGAGGCAGUAGCUAUUCAACAAGCAGAAAAACAAGCAGAGCUUAAUAAAAUAUUGCAAGAAAAGCUCAUGAUGCAAGAAAAGGCAAAUAAAGACCGACAAAGGACAAUGGAACUAGCAUAUGAACAAAGAAAGAAACGAAUUGAGAAAAUUGUUGCAAAGGCAAAUCACAAAGCUAAGUUGUUGAGAGAGUUUUUAAUGCGCUCACGGCAUGAUCGUGUAAAGAAGAAUGUUGUCAAUCAUCUUGAAUACUCUAAAGCGCAGAUUCUAGUCAAUCAAACUGCACGAAGACAAGCUCUACAAAGAAAACACCUAUUAACUUAUAUUGAAGAACAAACUAAGAAAAUACAAGAUUUAAUGGCAACAAGAAUGAAAAUUCAAAAGCAAAGGCAAUUGUCCGAAGCCAAAAUGAUGUGGGCUCAAGGAAAAGGAUGAGUCAAAGGAAAAAUAUCAUUGAUUCUUUAAUGUCUUAUGUAUAGUAUUCAACAAAUGUGUUUCAUGUGAAUUACCAUGUUUAUGUUGUAUAAUAUUUAUUUUUUAUUUUUUAUUUUUUUAUUUUAAAUGAACAAAUAAAUAAAUUCUUAUGCUUUCAGGUAGCAAUCAAAUAUUUUAAAUGAAAGAAUAUUGUAGCUUAUUUAAUGCAAAAACUAUCGCAUUGAGUUUUUAAUAAAACAUACUUUGAUUAUUUGUCU